UGAUUUUAUACCGUAAUAUCUAAAACCAGUUAACGUUGAUCUAUCAAAACAAAAGUCAUGGCCUACGUGUGACAAAGUGAGUGGAAUAAGUUUCAAGAUAAAGAUACAACGCCAUUUAAGAAAUUUGUAUUCAUUGAAUGAACACAGGGUGCUAACAAAGUAAUCAUGGUUUACGUUGGACAGGGAGGUCAAAUGUUGGACUCCAGGUCACCAUGGAGAUUAUCAAUCAUUCCAGAACUAUUUUGGUCCAUAGUUAACUUCUUUGUUUUGUUUUUUAGAACUCUUAUAAAUCCAAGUCUUUCUAAGGAAGGAAGUACACAUUCUAGAGACUACAGAUCUGGGGGAGGAGGCGGUCCACCAGCGCCACCUAGGAGAAGAAUGGGAGGAUUCAGAGGAGGUGGAGGUGCCCCGAGUCCUCCACCAAUGGGAGGUGGAUGAGGUCGGUAAACGAUCCAGAUACUGUAAGGCACUAGAAAGCCUUGUAUACUGGAUCCCUGUCCAAUGGUCUUUGGAGUAAUACACGUGGAACUAAAAUGUCAUCAUGUCAACAUAAUUAAUUAAUGAAACUAUUAUGCCAAAAUAAAUCUUUUUUAUAAACAUACGUACAGGAAUAGCAAUAUUAUAUAUAAGUGAUGAUAUAUGUUCAUUGACAUUGUUACGUGUUUUUUAUUUAUUUUCAUGUAUUUUAUAUAAACAGCUGCAAAUUACAUUAUGUAUAUAUUUUAGAAUUAACCAUUUUAUUCCUUAAAAGGCCCAAGGCAAAUUCCUUGGUUAUUUUUGGGACAUUUCUUUAUCUCUCAGUACUAUUUCUAAAAAGGAUGUACAAUGAUCAGAUAUUUUCUAUCCUUUUGGAGUAUCAAUCAAUACAUUAAUAAACCUGCAGUUAAAGAAAAAUAUAAGACUUGUGUGAACUUUUAAAAGUCCUUCUGACUUCAAAUAAGCUUUUAUUUAACAAAUAACCAUGCAUUUCUAAUACUUAUUAUGGACAAUUUAUUUAGUUUAUUUAUUUCAAAGACCAGCACAUUACUACUUGAAUUAACUUUUGAUAAGUUGUAUGACAAGUUUUCUAUAAACUUCACGAGAAGUAAGGAAACUUUGAUGUAUUCAGGUUUUAAUGUGUUCCUGUUAUAAUCUGCCAAACGUUGUGAUAUAUGUAUAUUGUUAUGUUAAAACUUUUAAAUAAAAUCUUUAUUCUACAAAAAAAAUCUCAUAUUUUUAUCAUCUGUAUGUACAGUGUAAUAUUUGUUUAGUUGGUUGGUAUAUAUGCUCAUUAAUUUUUAUUUCAUUAACUUUGCACACUUCAUUUUCUUCAGUCAUCAAAGGAAAUAUUAUUGUUCAUGUAAUCUGUCAAUCCUGAUGUUAUUUUUAUCAUGUUGAUAGUCCUGAUCAUAUGUUAAUAUAAUUAAAAUGUAAUAUAUUCUGGGACUGAGGUUUUGUGUCUCAUUCAUGUACAUGUAAAUGUUUGAUACAUUGUAUUUAAUUAGAUCAGUCUGUGGUGUAUUCUUAUUCAUGUACAUGUAAAUGUCUGAAAUUUAAUUAAGUUUUAGACUAUUGUGUAUUGCAAUCAUUCCAUUGUCACCUUAUAUAUGUGGAAAAGAAUGUGUUUAGCUGUAAAUAAAGGGAUUUUAUCUUG